AUGCCUCCGCCACCCAUCACUGUUGCCGCCGGCGGUGGUCGGGGUGUGGACGAGUGCGACAUGUCCUCCGGCCGGUGGGUGUACGACGAGGAGGCGUACGCUCUGUACAAGGAGAGCGCUUGCCGGUUCAUGUCGGAGAACCUGGCGUGCGGGAGGUACGGCAGGACGGACCUCCGGUACCAGCACUGGCGGUGGCAGCCGCACGGUUGCGACCUUCCUAGGUACGUACUGAGGCUGCUGGAGAAGCUGCGCGGGAAGCAGCUGGCGUUCGUGGGCGACUCUCUGAACCGGAACCAGUGGGUGUCCAUGGUCUGCCUCAUCGACACCGCCACCCAGGGCCUUCACAAGACGCUCAUCUCCGCCGGAACCCUCGUCUCCUUCAACGUGCACAUGGAUCGGUAUCAAGAGUACAACGCGUCGGUGGACUUCUACUGGUCGCCGCUGCUGGUGGAGUCCAACUCCGACCACCCGGUGCGCCAUCGCGUCAUAGACCGCACCGUGGACGCCUCCUGCGGGAAUUUACACGCCCGGCACUGGACGUACGCCGACGUGCUCGUCUUCAACUCCUACCUCUGGUGGCGCCGCCCCUCCAUCGAAGUCCGGUGGGGGUCGUUCGAGGCACCUGCGGCGAAAGAGGACGAGUACUGCGGGGUGACCAAGGCGGUCGACGGCGUGCGCACUUUCGAGCUGGCGCUCGCGACGUGGGCCGACUGGCUCGAGUUCCACGUCGGCCGCGCACGCACCCGCCUCUUCUUCAUGACCAUGUCGCCGACUCACCUCCCCUCCGACGAGUGGGCCGACGACGCCGGCGGCGGCACCAGCCACGGGUGCUACAACGAGACGGAGCCGAUCGCUGCGGCGGAGGAGGGGGGCCGCUACCAGCGUGGCGUCACGGACCCGGCGUUCGCGCGUGCGGUAGAGGAGCAGGCGCGGCGUGGCGUCACGGCCCCGGCGUUCGCGCAUGCGGCAGAGGAGCAGGCGCGGCGGCUGGUGAACGUGACGGCGAUGUCGGAGCGGCGCAAGGACGCGCACCCGUCGGUGCACCGGCGGCAGUGGGAGCCCAUCACGGACGCGCAGGCGAGGGACGCGAGCAGCUACGCGGACUGCAUCCACCGGUGCCUCCCCGGCGUGCCCGACGUCUGGAACCAACUCCUCUACGCGCACAUCGUCUCAUGA